GGGGGGUCUGGUGGGCACGCCAUGGGCAGCACGAGCAUAUUUGGGAUUGGGGGAGUCACCUGGGAAUCCCAUCCUGGCUGUGCCAGAGGAUCCCCCAGGCAGAUGGGGACGACUUGAUUCCCAAAGCAGGAACACAUAGCUGCCUGGGUGCCACCACUAAUGAUCAGUUCAUUAGAUUAAUUACUUUUAUAAGGCACAAGGAGAGGGUGUCCAUGGUGUAAGGCACCGCUGAACAUUUCAGAUGGGCCAUCUUCCCAAAUCCGAAAGCAAAGGUGUGGGACAGGGCCGGGUCAGCGGCCAGUAAAUGAAGUGCUGCCGGUAACGAGACAAACCCAAAGCACGGAUUGAUCUGCUCGUCGAUCCUUGCACCAGCAGCCAGCUUUCCCCGCUGUUGGUGUCCCAUGGAUGUGAUGCUGCGUGCAGAGGGAACGCGGCUCUCGAGGGAUUCACCCUCCAGCCGAGUGCUCGAUCCCGGCACAUCCCGCAGGGACGCGGGUGCUGCCAGCCCUCCACAGACCCCCUCGCCUCAAAUCUUUGUCCCUUCCCGGCUUUUUGCUGCUCCUUUUUCCGCCGUCCCCAGGAGCAGCGUCAGGCCGACACUGACAUCCAGCGGCUGCCGGGCUCGCUCGCAUUCCGGGGCUGUCUCCUCUCCGUGUGCCGGAGCUCGGCCCGGCCUGGUCCUGCCCCGCACAGGCACCGAGCGCCGCGGGGGCCGCACGGUGCCCGCGGCUGCGCUCCGGGAUGCACCCAGCCGUGCUCCAUCGCCUGUCCCCAGCCGGGCCACCCCCGUGUCCUACCCUGUCCCCGGCAGUCGAUAUCCCAGCGGGGUCGAGCCGGGCGCUAGCGGCACCGCCGAGCCGGAGCAUCCGCGCAUCUCCGGGAGCCGGGGGGACCCUGCCCGCGGCAUCCCCGGCACCCCCGGCCCUGCCCCGCCGCUGGCAAGGGCGCGGUGACAAAGGCACAGCGAGGUCGUGGUGACCCCGCCAUUGCCCUGGGGACAUUUGUCCCCUACUCCGUGCCGGAGACCGUGGACUUUGUGCCGAGCCUGGGAGCGGCACUGGGACGCGUCUGGCGGCGCUGGCGCGGCCCCAAAUCUCCCCGAGACCUGGCUCCGGACCGCAGCAUCACCCCUUCCCUCCCUCCCCAGUUCCCCGGUGGCUCUGCAGUGACUGGGAGAGGUCAGGGACCUGCAGGUGGCCUGGGACAGGAGGGACUGGACAGUGACAGGGAGAAGGUGCAGAGCCCCUGGGAGCAGCUGGAGCAGAGACAGAGCCAUCACCUGCCCCAGCACCCCUGUCCCAGAGCCUGGGGGACACAUCCAGCACCUGUCCUGACUGUGCCAGCACCUGUGAGGAGCCGGUGGCACCGCCAUGUCUCAGGCAGGAGGAGCUGAGGAGGCCUUUGAACACCGUGACGUGGUCAUCAACAGCCAGGCCAAAGUUUCGGAUGUGUACACACAGCUGGAGAAGCUGGGGGAGGGGAAAUUUGGCACGGUGUACAGGCUGCAGGAAAAGGCCACGGGCAAAAUCCGAGCUGGGAAAUAUUUCCGGACACGCACAGCGAAGGAGAAGGAGACGGCUCGGGCCGAGGUGGAGCUGAUGAACCUCCUGCAUCACCCACGCCUCGUGCAGUGCCUCGACGCCUUCCAGGGCCCUGCCGAGCUGGUGAUGGUGAUGGAGUACGUGGCAGGUGGGGAGCUCUUUGAGCGCAUCGUGGAUGAUGACUUUGAGCACACGGAGCCCAGCAGUGCCCAGUACGUGAGGCAGAUCCUGGAGGGGCUGCAGUUCAUGCACAGCAGGGCCAUCGUCCACCUCGACCUCAAACCCGAGAACAUCGUCUGCGUCAGCCCCGGCAGCCACUGGAUCAAGAUCAUCGACUUUGGCUUGGCACGGAAGCUGGCUCCAGACGCCCCUGUGAAGGUGUUGCAUGGCACCCCUGAAUUCAUGGCUCCAGAAGUGGUCGCCUUUGAGCCCGUGAGCUUCUCCACAGACAUGUGGAGUGUUGGUGUCAUCUGCUACAUCCUGCUGAGUGGGGAGUCACCCUUCCAGGGGGACACCGACAUGGAGACGCUGAGCAAUGUCACAGCCGCCCAGUGGGACUUCGAGGAGGAGACCUUCUCGGAGAUCUCCCAGCAAGCCAAGGACUUCAUCAGCCAACUGCUGCAGAAGGACCCCCGCCGGCGGCUCCCCAGUGCAGGGGCUCUGCUGCACCCCUGGCUGCAGCAGCCCCAGCCCAGCAGCCCCAAGGUGCUGUCCAAGGAGAGGAUCAGGCAGUUCCUGGCACGUCGGAAGUGGCAGAAAACAGGGAAAGCCCUGCUGGCGCUCAAGAGGCUGACCCUGCUGUCCCAGAGCCUGGAGGGGAAGGCAGCAGAGGCUCAGGAUGAGGAAGGCCUGGGCUGCAGCCUGCAGAAGGAACAGCCCUCUGGGGCUCUGCCCCAGCGAGGUCCCAGCCCCGCGGAGCUGCUGACAGACCGGGAGGAGAAGGAAAAUGGUGGGAGCAUUGCAGCCUCAGGGCAGUGACAACGUGGCCCUGUCACCCCCAUCCUGGACCACCUAGAGAUGGUGCCCCCUCCAGCAGCUCCCACAGUGACCUGGCCAGCCUGGGGCAGACCCAGACCCCCCUGUGGGUGAGCUCUGGGGUCCCACGGUGUCCCUGUGCUGCUGUCCCUGCAAGUAAUCCAGGCACCUGCCACCAAUAAAGCACUGACAAU